GAAGUGUAAUUCUUAAACGCUGAUGCGUUACCUUUGAGAGCUCGUCACAUUUGAACGUCAAGCCUGUGUUAUAACCGUCCAUCUAAAUUACUCGAAUACUGUACAAGUCGAUGUCAAAGUACCUACUACGCGUGAAAGGAGCAGCAGCACAGGGUUAAGGGAUUAAUGGCGCCCAAAGGUAAGGUCGGCACUAAAGGCAAGAAGCAAAUCUACGAGGAGAAUGAGGCGACACUCAAGUUCUACACCAGAGUAAUCUUGGGAGCCAACGCGAUAUACACUGCGUUAAACCUCUUGGUCUUCUAUAGCUCUUCAACGUUUUGGACAUGGUUUGCGCUGGUGUUUGCACUAGCAGUGUAUGUGGGCAGUUACCGCUCCAUGGCUGCCAUGGCCAAAGCAGUGUUUGGUGAGGAUGGGAGUCUYCUGGACGGAGGAAUAGAUCUGAACAUGGAGCAGGGGAUGGCAGAGCAUCUGAAGGAUGUUAUCCUGCUAACUGCUAUAUUACAAGUGCUCAGCACCAUCUCCUCCUACUCCUGGUACCUUUGGCUGCUGGCCCCGGCCCGUGCAAUGUUCCUGCUGUGGGUGAACUUCCUAGGCCCCUGGUUUUCGGCCGAGACCCCUGGUGCCGCCCCAGAGGAGGUGAAUGAGAAGAGGCAGAGACGACAGGAGCGCCGACAGAUGAAGAGAUUCUAACUUGGCCGACUGCCGCAGAAUUUCUAGACACAGAAUUAGUCCAAAUACAGACAGCCAGGAACUCUAGAGUUAAGUUAUUCAGGAGGAACUUUUGAUGUGCCCAAAGACAUCCAGGUAUGGAUACAGAACUGAACCGGACCCUGUGGGUUAUCUGGUUUUCCUCUUUCGCCCUAUCCCUCAUCCUUCCCUUUCUUCCUCUCCCCUCUAUCCCUUUUUCUUUACAUCUGGAGAGGAAAUCGUCCUUGUUGGGCUGAUGACAUCAUCACCACCAAUACAUGUUGUCAUUUACCUUGGCCUGUAAUUUGUUUACAUUCAAUUGUUCAUAAUCUAGGUCUAUGUAUCACAUCAAUUUCAUCUGAACGAGUGUAAAGGAUGUGGUGAUCUUUUACCCUAUGGCAGACAUUUUAUUUUAGACACUGCUCGUCAGAUCACACUCUCACGCCCAAUUCCAAAUAGACAACUAGCAACGACCACCUAGGUGUUCAUCUAGAC